GCACUCUGUCAAUUAGCGCUAAAAUAGAGCAAGCCAUUAGAUUCACACACAAUAAACAUUGAAGGUCACGAAAAACAUAUUCACAAAUACAAACAAAACUUAAAUUAGUCCAAUUACAUAUGAUAACAUAUGUAAUUGGACUAAUCAAACAAAAUUAUCAGUCAAAGUAUUGUUUAUAAUUUUGAUGAGGUUUAUCUUUCACGCAUCAGGAACACUUUCUGUGAACUAAACAGCUGUAACGGUGUGGGGUCCCUCCAUAGUCUGGGAAGGAGAAAACAGAAGAGGGCGCUGUUGGGCGUUUUUUGAACCGAGGAGAGAAACCCCACACGUUGUUCCCGCUCAGUUACACUGAGAAUCGCUCAUCUGGGCUGUAAAUAUUUUAUCUCUAGGAAAGUAAAUAUCCAAAUACAUUUCUGGAAAAGGCAAAUCUGGUAAUAUUUAAAUUGGGAAAUCCAUAUUUGAUUUAUUGAAAGAAGCUUAUAGCAAAUCGAAUCAAGCUGCAGACCAUAUUUAUGUAGAAGUAAAGGCACAAAGAUGGAUGCAGUACUGGCUGUGAAAUCCCGAAAACUUUAAAUUUGACACAUAAACAAGUUUGCUCAUUUUAUUGCAACGGCACGGCCUUCAUGCAUUAUACAUGUAGGAAUACAAGUGUGAUAAAUAUCGAAGAAAAUGCACAAUUGUGUUUUUUUUGUUUUGUUUUUUUUUACAGAACGUGCAUGUGUGUUAGUAUGACUGUGUGAACUAGAGGAAGAGGAGGGGGGACAGCACAGCAGAGGAGAGAAAAAAAGACACCACCCAACUCUGUCGGGAAGGGGAGGUGGUGCGCGCAGAGGAGGCUGAGGAGGAGAGCAGCACCACGGACAGCUCCCUGUAGCAGCGGCAGCGGCGGCGGCGCGGACUUUCUGUUCUGAAAGAAAAAAAAGAACACAUGGAUUUUGAUUUUUAUACAAUUUAAGAAGAGCAAAGAACAUCUAUUUUUAUGACUGUAAAGACCGAACACAGAAUCAGCAGCGAAGUUUCUCAUCACUCCAAGGCGUUUUCUCUCCCCCCUGUUUGGACUAUAUCCUAAAAAUAAGUUGAUCUACUUUCUUCGUAUGGAAAGCUUUUUUCUUUGUUUGGAAAUACUACCAGGAACAAAAAAAAAAAAAAAAAAAAUACGCAUGCAAGGCAAGUUUUCUUCACUCAAUGCAUUAAGGUUUCUUUCAGCGUACAUAUAAUGCUGUUUUCCCCAGAGGCAGUCUACUGCCUACAGCCACUAAUGUGAGCCUCUAAUUCAGUUUUCCACUCUCGCAGCACUGAUUCUUUUCUUCCUCCACCAAAGUCACCCACGAGGCGAGCUGCAUGCCCAGCAACGGAUAAAUAAACAUACACUAGUGGGUUCUAAUGUUACCGAAUUAAUGUCGAUGGAGGGAAAACGUAAAAGGGGAUGGUUCUGAGAUGAAGUUGGAGACUCUGUCACCAAAUACAGGAGGACGCACCUUUUGACAGCCUUUAUUUCUAUUUUUUCAUUAUAUUGAAAGCUCCUGCAGGGAGACGAGAAGAAUGGCGCUGAGUGGAAACUGCAGAACUAUUCCCAAAGACCUGCAGUCUUCAGUUCAGAACAGUUUCCCAGAUGUUGUUGAGUUAAACGUAGGAGGGCAGGUUUAUUACACCCGCCACUCAACUUUGGUGGGGACCCCGAAUUCGUUGCUCGGUAAGCUGUUCUCCUCCAAAAAAGACGCAUCUAACGAUUUGGCGAGAGACCCCAAGGGCCGGUACUUCAUCGAUAGGGACGGGUUUUUAUUCCGAUAUGUUCUGGACUACCUCCGGGACAAGCAAGUCGUCCUCCCGGACCACUUCCCCGAGAAAGGGAGGCUCCGGAAAGAGGCAGAAUACUUCCAGCUGCCCGACCUGGUGAAGCUUUUGACCCCAGAGGACAUCAAGCACAGUCCGGACGACUUCUUUCACAGCGACCACGAAGAUGGCUCUCAGGGUAGCGACCACCGACAGUGCCCUCCGCCCUCUCUGGUCCCCGCGGACAGGAAGAGCGGUUUCAUCACGGUGGGAUACCGGGGGUCGUGCACAAUGGGCCGGGAGAGCCAGAGCGACGCCAAGUUCAGGAGAGUACCUCGGAUACUGAUCUGCGGCAGGGUGGCUCUGGCUAAAGAGGUGUUCGGGGAGACUCUAAACGAGAGCCGGGAUCCGGACAGGACCCCGGAGCGAUACACCUCCCGGUUUUAUCUCAAGUUCAAGCAUCUGGAGAGAGCGUUUGAUAUGUUGUCGGAGUGCGGUUUCCAGAUGGUGGCCUGCAACUCCUCAGUCACAGCCUCGUUUGUCAACCAGCACACAGAGGACAAGAUUUGGUCCAGCUACACUGAAUACGUCUUCUACCGUAAGUGUGAAAAUCUUUGUUAUCGUGUUCUGCAGAGGGCAGUGGCGGUGCACGGUUGGAUGGUGUCCUGGGACUUUGUGGGGGUGGUACUCCCAGUUACGUCCAGAACCAAACCGCUCAAGUCUUAA